CAUUCAGAAGGGUGCACGCCAGUCAGGUAUGUCAUGUUCCAUUCAUCACGUUCGACAGGCCACGCGGCGCGUAUAUCCCCCACACGUACGUACGUACACCCACACGCAGAACAUAGUAGGCCUACAUUUACUGCCUUAUUACACCAUGUGUACAGUCCGUACUCACGUGUUUGUGCUUGCUGGUUGUACGUGUUAGUACCAAACCGGUCGUACGGACAAUGGUCGGUGGUACGGUACACGCACGGACAAGGGUCGGUGGUACACGCACGUAGCCGCGUUGAUUGUGGGUGCAGGGCCCGAUUAUCUCCCUUCGACAAAAAGCCGAGAGACCGCAUUGAACAAGGCUAUUAUGUUACAGCUACGGGAUUAUACUGGAUUCUGAAAUCUACAGUCCUCUCACGUUCUUUGAUUUAAACAGUUUUAGGUCAAGCACGCAACAAGCAGUUGCCAGCACUUUGUUCAUUCUCCUGCUUGGAUUCCAGUUCAUGACAUGUCGACGCAGGAGCCUCUUUGGGGUUGGCUGGUUGUGGCCAGCGUGCAUAUCGCCUUCCUUUUAUGGGGCGGAGUCAUCAAAUCUGUCGGUGUCCUGUUACCAGCGUUAAGUGACAUGUACGCCUGCGAUGUCUGGAUACUAGGCUGGAUCAUAGCAGCAAUGUGUUCUGCAAACAACAUAGCAGCUGUGUUGGCCAAUGUGCUUAAUAAUCUGAUAGGCGGACGCCUGACUGCCGUUCUUAGCGGUGUGUUAGCAGUGAGUGGUCUGGUUUUGGCCUCCCUCUCUUCUGGUGUAUUGCAGUUUGGCCUAUCCAUGAUUUUACUGACAGGUCCUGGCUUUGGUGCUUUUGGUUGCAUCUGCAAAAUCACUCUGGGAAUUUACUUCAAUGAGAGACUCACUUUGGCAACAAGUAUUGCCUUGAUGGGUCAGCCAGAAAGUUUGAUCGUUUUCUCCAUGUUCGCACAGUUCCUACUAGAGACUUUUGGUCCCCGUGGGAACUUACUUAUCUUAGGAGCUCUCACAAUGCAUCUGGUACCCUGCGCAAUGUUACUCCGCCCACGGCAAGUUAGCGGCCAUCGACAAUAUCCCCGCCGUUGCUACUCGGCGAUUGACAGCACCACCUCUAUGAAAGACUCGCCGGUAAGCCAGGAACCGGUGGCGCUCAUCGGCCGACUACUGGACGUCAACCUGUUAACCAAACUAGACACGUGGGUGCUCAUACUCUCCUUUACGCUGUUCAGCUUUGUCAAUGACGCCUGGAUGACUUUCAUGGUCUCCAACGCCAUCUCGAAAGGUUUUGAUGGUUACGUUGCAACUUCAUUCAGCUUGAUCGCCGGAUGCAGCGCCAUAGUCACUAGUUUCCUUCAAGGCGUGAUGCUCUCAAAGGGUGUGGUCAGUAACCGUCUUCUGUCGGCGGUAGCUGCAGGAAUGGGUAGCAUUGCCCUCCUCAUCAACCCAGUACACAAAGCGUUUUGGUCCAUGAGUAUAUCCGUUGUACUUUACGGUAUAACACUGGCAGUGCUCAUGACCACUAUACUCUGUCUGGCCAUCGAGAUUCUUGGAAGAGACAGAAUCGCUGGUGCCCUCGGAUGGAUGGGACUGGUGUCCGGCAGCUUCAGAAUCCUCUUGGGAUUUUGCACUGGACUUCUAUAUGACGUCACAGGUGACUACAACGCUACCUUUGUGCUACUAGGAUCAAUGAUUGGCCUUAUUAUACCGAUACUGUACUCUGAUACGUUGGUGUCCAUGUGUCGGGAGCGGAUUCGACCUUACAAAGAAAAAACAGCUCUAUAUCUGAAGCCCAAUUGGGCGCCAGUACCCGCACAGAAACAGGUAGUACGUGUGCAGCCCCGAAACAAGUGAGUGCAACCACAUCAACUUAAUGUGGUUAUAAGGCUUCGGCUUUUGAUAUCAAAAUGCUGCAGUAAAUAUCCGUUGCCCUAGCCGCAAGAGGACGCUAUAACAAUGAUUUGGAAGCCAGCCACGUGACUGAUCACUGAACACUCACGUGACACACUUCAGUUAUGCAUCGUCGACCACAACCAAUGGUUGUCCACAAUUUCUGCAACCACAUAGGGUCGCAACAUUGGGGUCAGUUUGUAUAUGAUAUCAGUUAAUCCAUGCAAUUUAGGUAAUAACAACUCUGAACUUAUUACAAAACUGAGAAGUCACAUGAUAAAAUCGGCCGAUGUCACCCCAAGCUUUAGAAUGCACUGCCUUUAUUCUUAAAGUAUUUUAUCUUAAAACAAUUGUUUGAAAUUAAUAUUUAAUAUGACUUUGGUUAUCUUUUACUAAUUUAGACAUUCUGUUUCCUCCUUUGGUAUAGAAGUUUGUUUACGUAACAAGUCUUGGAAACUUAGCCACAGGAGACAUAAGCGGUGCCUCCAGCUGAUGUUUUUAGUCUGGAUAAUUAGUUAAAACAGACAGCAGAACAGGGUUUAGUUGCGACUUAAAAUCAAUUACUUUUACUAAAUUGUUAAAAUUAACAAUGCAUACUAUGGAUAUUUAAAUACUUAUAACAAAAUUGACGUUUUAAUCUGUAUGCAGUUGUAAAUUAAUUAAAGUCAUUAAUAAUAAUUAUAUAUUUAUUUUACUGCGCAAAUACACUUUAAAAGCUUUUUGAAGAAUUUAAAAGUCUUUUUCAAACUGCAAGCUAAAAUACUAAAAUAUACAACACAUACAGUAACCUCUUAUUAAACAAAUUGUUUCGCUAUACAAUUGCGAAAUAAAAGUUGGAACUGCAAAGUUGUUAAAUUAAUAAAAGUCUUUGAUAUAACCAUUAUGCCUACACUUAACAGCGCCCAUUUACAUCGGUAUUUCGCGUGUUUAAAUCAAACACACACUAAAAGCAUUAUCAACCUUAUUUGAAGAAUGUAAAAGUCUUUUUCAAACUGCGAGCUAAAAUACAAAAAUAUACAUCAUGUAGAAUUGGAACUGCUAAGUUGAUAUUAAUAAGAACACUUUAUUAACAUUGCAUAGCCCCUUAUAAUUAUGCAGUUCAAAGUACAAGCGGAGAACCAUUCAAAAGCAUCUGCACUCAAAGCUGUCUAUUAUUUUUUUUUUUUUUUUAAACGAAUGUUUGUAUCAUGUCUCAGUGCAUUUUUUUUGUAAAUUUUCGAUUACUUGUAAUUAUAUCUCGGGGCAGGGAUAAUACAGCUUUCAUGUUCAUUGAAGCGAAUGCUGAGAAAGGUUGGUAUGCAAGCCAUUUAGGUACAAAAGCAUAUUGAUUGUAAAAACGACGCCAAAUGUGUUUCACAGAAAUUCAGUGUUUAUACUAUUGCAAUCAAGGAUAAAGAAAUGUGGUGUAGGGCACCUAGG